CUUUCAAACGACGUAAUAUUAUAUUAUUUACUUUGACUGCGAAUCAUUAAAGAAAAUACUCGCACUACAUGUGAUUGUUUCAUAAAUUUCUCUUUUUUUUUUCUCUUUCACUCUCUUAAAUACAAUCUUGAAUGUUUUGAUUUCUUUAAACAAAAAAAGACAGAAAUUUGCUAAAAAAUGGUGGAAGGUGGAAUUGUGAAGGCGGAUAGAACAGAGUUUACAGAAUGUUUCAGAACAAUUGGAAAAACUCCUUAUAUUAUGAGGCUUGCUCUUUCUGCUGGCAUUGGAGGCCUUCUCUUUGGUUAUGACACAGGUGUUAUAUCUGGGGCUCUUCUUUACAUUAAGGAAGAUUUUACAGAAGUGGAACAAAAAACAUGGUUGCAGGAAACCAUCGUGUCAAUGGCGGUUGCAGGAGCAAUCAUCGGAGCAGGACUAGGAGGGUGGCUGAAUGAUAAGAUAGGGAGGAGACCAACAAUUAUAAUUGCUGAUGUUUUGUUUUUCAUUGGUGCUGUUAUUAUGUCCCUUGCUCCUGCUCCAUGGGUGAUCAUUCUUGGAAGAAUAUUCGUUGGCCUAGGAGUCGGAAUGGCUUCUAUGACUUCACCUUUAUACAUAUCCGAGACUUCCCCAAGCAGGAUCCGUGGUGCCCUUGUUAGCACUAAUGGUUUGCUCAUCACAAUAGGCCAGUUUGUAUCAUACCUAGUCAACCUUGGUUUCACUCAGGUUAAGGGGACUUGGAGAUGGAUGCUGGGGGUGGCUGCUAUUCCAGCAUUAGUGCAACUAGUACUAAUGUUAUCCCUUCCGGAGUCUCCUAGAUGGCUUUACAGAAAGGACAAAGUGUCUGAGGCAGAAGCUAUCUUAGCUAAGAUCUAUCCCGAGGAAGAAUUGGAAGUGGAAAUUAAAGCACUCAAAGCAUCAGUUGACUCUGAAAAGGCAGAAGACGAAUUAGUAGGUGGAAACAACAUGUUAAGCAAGAUACAAAAUGCUUGGGGAAACCAAGUUUUCCGAAGAGGGUUAUAUGCUGGAAUCACUGUUCAAGUGGCUCAACAAUUUGUGGGUAUCAAUACGAUCAUGUACUACAGCCCCACAAUUGUGCAGUUUGCAGGGAUUGCCUCGAAAAGCACUGCAAUGGCUCUUUCUUUAAUCACCUCCGGACUCAAUGCAGUUGGGUCGAUUGUAAGCAUGAUGUUUGUAGACAGGCAUGGGAGAAGGAGGCUUAUGAUCAUCUCUUUGGUUGGCAUCAUUACUUGCCUUAUUGCCUUAGCUAUUGUCUUCUAUGAAGCUGCUGCGCAUGCUCCUAAAAUCAGUUUUGCAGAAACUAGUAAUUUUGGAGUUAACUCUACUUGUUCUGCUUAUACAGCUGCUCAAAAUCCUGCAUCUUGGAACUGUAUGACCUGUUUAAAACGUACUUCAGGUUGUGCUUUCUGUGCAAACCAAGGAAAUGAGUUGCAUCCAGGAGCAUGCGUGUCAAAAACAGAUGGCUUAAAAGCAGCAUGUCAAAAGGAGCGAAGAGUGUACUUCACAGAAGGUUGUCCUAGCAAAUUUGGUUUUUUGGCUGUCAUUCUCCUAGGAGCAUACAUUAUAUCCUACUCCCCGGGGAUGGGAACAGCACCAUGGAUCGUCAACUCAGAAAUAUACUCAUUGAGGUACAGAGGAAUUGGUGGAGGGAUAGCUGCCGUGGCUAACUGGACAGCUAAUCUCAUUGUUAGUGAAACAUUCCUAACCUUAACCCAAGCCUUGGGAUCAGCAGGAACCUUCCUCUUAUUUGCCGGUUUCUCAAUAAUCAGUCUCAUUUUUAUCUACAUCUUGGUGCCCGAAACCAAAGGGCUACCCAUUGAAGAGGUGGAGCAUAUGCUAGAGAAGGGAUUCAAGCCUAGGCUUCUAGGUGAAGGGAAAAAGCAGGAGAACAAAAGUAGUGAAUCUUGAUUAGUCAUGACCAAGUAAAAUAAGCAAUGCUAGCCAUAGUUCGAUUAUGAUUUCGAAAAUUCUUACUUAGCCAUCAAAAGCGCAAGCUUGAUGGAAUAGCUUUCUUGCAAUUUCUAAGUUGUUGUAUUUGCUUGGUUGCGUGAAGAAUCAAAUUCUUCAUCAAAUGUGUAUUUUUUUUAUUGUUUGUAUAUAUCUUUCCCUCGAAAAUUGAUUGUAAUCACUUAAAAUUAAGCUUCUUUUUCUAAAGUCAAAAGUACCGUCUCUUGUUUAAAAUUAGAAUAUGGUCAACAUUAAUAUGCUAACCUAAUCAAUAAUUAUUGCAAUUGAGAGAGUGAGGGAUAGCUCAAGUGGUUAGAGCUUUCCUCCCGAUUUCAGGAGAUUCUGGGAUCAAUUCUCACCCCGCCAUUGUGGCUCUCUAAACACCAAAAAAAUAAUUAUUGCAAUUGCAUUUAUGCUCAUGCAAGUAUAUAACCUUUGCUCUUAAAAAAAAAAAAAUGCUUCUUUCUUUGUAAACAUUAUAAUAGCAAAAUAUCUUU